AUGUCUGACGGUAAAGUUGAAACUCAUGAAUUCACUGCUGAGAUUUCUCAGUUGAUGUCUUUGAUCAUCAAUACUGUUUACUCAAAUAAAGAAAUUUUCUUGAGAGAAUUGAUCUCCAAUGCUUCUGAUGCUUUGGACAAGAUCAGAUACCAAGCCUUAAGUGAUCCAUCUCAAUUGGAAACUGAACCAGAGUUAUUUAUCAGAAUUAUCCCCCACCCAACUCAAAAAGUUUUGGAAAUCAGGGAUUCUGGUAUUGGUAUGACCAAAGCUGAUUUGGUUAACAAUUUGGGUACUAUUGCCAAGUCUGGUACCAAGUCGUUUAUGGAAGCUUUAAGUGCUGGUGCUGAUGUUUCUAUGAUUGGUCAAUUUGGUGUUGGUUUCUACUCUUUGUUUUUGGUUGCUGACCAUGUUCAAGUUAUUUCCAAACACAAUGAUGAUGAACAAUAUGUUUGGGAAUCAAAUGCUGGUGGUAAGUUUACUGUCACUUUGGAUGAAACGAAUGAAAGAUUGGGACGUGGUACCAUGUUGCGUUUGUUCUUGAAAGAAGAUCAAUUGGAAUACUUGGAAGAAAAGAGAAUCAAGGAAGUUGUUAAGAAGCACUCUGAGUUUGUUGCUUACCCAAUCCAAUUGGUUGUAACCAAGGAAGUUGAAAAGGAAGUGCCAGUUGAUGAAACCUUGACUGAAGACGAAGACAAGCAAACUGAAGGUGAAGAUGACAAGAAACCAAAAUUGGAAGAAGUUGAUGAAGAAGAAGGUGAGGAAAAGAAGGAAAAGACUAAGAAGGUCAAGGAAGAAGUUACUGAAACUGAAGAAUUGAACAAGACCAAGCCUUUGUGGACUAGAAACCCAUCUGACAUCACUCAAGAAGAGUACAAUGCUUUUUACAAAUCGAUUUCAAACGAUUGGGAAGAUCCAUUGGCUGUUAAACACUUUUCAGUUGAAGGUCAAUUGGAAUUCAGGGCUAUCUUGUUUGUUCCAAAGAGAGCGCCAUUUGAUGCUUUUGAAUCAAAGAAGAAGAAGAACAAUAUUAAGUUGUAUGUUCGUCGUGUUUUCAUUACCGAUGAUGCCGAAGAGUUGAUUCCAGAAUGGUUGAGUUUCAUCAAGGGUGUUGUUGAUUCUGAAGAUUUGCCAUUGAACUUGUCAAGAGAAAUGUUGCAACAAAACAAGAUUUUGAAAGUUAUUAGAAAGAAUAUUGUCAAGAAGAUGAUUGAAACUUUCCAAGAAAUUUCCGAAGACCAAGAACAAUUUGACAAGUUUUACACUGCUUUUUCAAAGAAUAUCAAAUUGGGUAUUCAUGAGGAUACUCAAAACAGACAAGCUUUGGCCAAGUUGUUGAGAUACUACUCAACCAAGUCAACUGAGGAAAUGACUUCAUUGAGUGACUAUGUUACUAGAAUGCCAGAACACCAAAAGAAUAUUUACUACAUUACUGGUGAAUCCAUCAAGGCACUCGAAAAGUCACCAUUUUUGGAUGCUUUGAAGGCCAAGAACUUUGAAGUUUUGUUCAUGGUUGAUCCAAUUGACGAAUAUGCCAUGACUCAAUUGAAGGAGUUUGAAGAUAAGAAGUUGGUUGACAUCACCAAAGAUUUCGAAUUGGAGGAAAGCGAAGAAGAAAAAGCUCAAAGAGAAAAGGAAAUUAAGGAAUUUGAACCAUUGACCAAGGCAUUGAAGGACAUUUUGGGUGAGCAAGUUGAAAAAGUUAUUGUUUCAUACAAAUUGGUUGAUGCUCCAGCAGCCAUUAGAACCGGUCAAUUUGGUUGGUCAGCCAAUAUGGAGAGAAUUAUGAAGGCUCAAGCUUUGAGAGAUACCACCAUGUCAUCAUACAUGUCAUCUAAAAAGACUUUUGAAAUUUCACCAAAGUCACCAAUUAUCAAGGAAUUGAAGAAGAAGGUUGAAGAGGAUGGUGCAGAAGACAAGACUGUCAAGGAUUUGACCACGUUGUUGUUUGACACUGCUUUGUUGACUUCAGGUUUCUCAUUGGAUGAACCAUCCAACUUCGCCCACAGAAUCAAUAGAUUGAUUGCUUUGGGAUUGAAUAUUGAUGAUGAUGCUGAAGAAACUGAAGUUGAACCAGAACAAACUACUACUGCUACUACUGAUGAACCAACUGGUGAAUCUGCUAUGGAAGAAGUCGAUUAG